AUGAUAAUCUAGAAGUAAUUCCCAGCAUUGGUAGAUCAGGUGGUGUCAUUGCUGCCUGCAUGGGAGAUGCUGUUAGAGUCUCUAUCUUAGACGAAGAUAGACAAUUGCUUCAUCUAGAAUGUUCUUUAGCCGGUGCUUCCCCUUUCUUGCUUACUGCAAUUUAUGCUCUGCUCAAAUUCUUAGGAAUAAAUUAAUAUCCAUGUCUUCUCAAAUUUCUAUGCCUUGGGCUGUUUAUGGUGAUUUCAAUGAUAUUUUAUGAAUGUCUGAAUGAAUUAGUAGAACAGGUGCUAAUAUGGCGCGAAGUAGAUGGUUCCGAGAUCAAGUUCAUGACUGCGGACUUUCAGAUUUGGGAUCUAUUGGUCCUAAAUAUACUUGGAAAGGACCUCAAAUGCUGAACUUGACGAGUCAGGUAAACAUGAAGCAAGAUGCAAAAUAUAGAAGCAGCUCGCGCGACUCGUUAUUCCACUUUGGAUUCGUUGAACAAAAUUUUCAAGCCGAUGGCUCUUUCUUUCUCCCAAUCGAUCUCUCACCCUUCUCUGCAUCAUCUGAAACAACCUCUUGCUCCGCAAUUGUUCAAAAACACAUCUUUAUCGAAGGCCAACAUUGACUUGCUGAAAUUCCCUUACAUUCGAUGCUCUUCAAGCUUCGACAAAAAGUCCAGCAGUUCUCUCAGAACUUGCAAGAAUUGCAAAAGUCAAUACGACCCUGCACUCAAUCACCCUCGUGCUUGUCGGUUUCACACUGCCCAUUUCGGAGGAGAAACUAAGAGGAAGUUUGAGAGUGUGUAUAAAGGUGGCACCAUGGAUACUCCUGAUUCUGGUAAGGUUUUUCAGUACUGGCACUGCUGUGGCUCUGAAGAUCCAUUUGACCCUGGUUGCACAGCCGCUCCACACUCCUCUUAUGAUGACUGAUACAAUGAGUUUUGAUGAAAUCUUCAAAAUACCUUUUGGGGUCUUGCAGAGAAUUUUGAUUAUUGGAGAGGCCUCAGCUAUGGCAUUGUGUGCAAAGUGAUUCUUGCUCAACAACGAUGAUUAAUCAUUCUGCUAAAUGAGAUAAAGCCAUUUCAUUUGGUUAAACAUUGCAUAAGAUCACUUUCUGUGAUACUCUUUUUAGUACCAAACAAUGGAAUUUUCUUUAGUAUUUUUUUUGUUCACGCUGGCUGAUGUAGUUUGUGCUUGUAUCUAUCUAUCGUUUGAUGAUGUGUGCAUCAGAUUUAACUUGGUUAUAUGUGUCUGAAUUUAUGAUC